UGCUGUUUGUGUCCAUGUUCAGCCACAUUUUCGGCUCACAUGCAGAUCCUUUCAGAGUGAUGGUACCAGCAAACCAUCUGGUGGCAGUCCGAGGUCAUCAUGUUAUUCUGGGCUGCGAGUUUUCCCCUGACCUCGGUCCUCACUAUAAUCUUUCAAAUCUUGUGGUGACCUGGCAGCGGCAGGAGGACAAUGAUGUAGUUCAUAGCUAUUAUUAUGAGAAGGACCAGUUGGAACACCAGAGCCCUAGGUAUAGGGGCCGUACAGCACUGUUUGUGAACAAACUGGCCAGGGGAAAUGCUUCACUCCACUUAGAGCAAGUAGCUUUAAGUGAUGAAGGACGCUACCUCUGCACAGUGAGCACGGACAUGGGAACAGAGAAAGCAGAGUUACGGCUGGACUAUGGAGCGUUCUACAACGACCUAAGAUUGAGCAUUAAUGUCAAGUCCCCUGAUAUUUUGGUGCAGUAUGAGGCGAAGGGAUUUCCUGCACCAGAAGUGAUGUGGAUAGGAGAACAUGGCGAGAACAUAAGCAAUCAUACACAGACCUCUUUGCAAAUAGAUCAAGAAGAUGGACUUUAUCUUUUUAAAAGCAGCUACGUGGCACCAAGUAACCCUCUCAACUUCACCUUUGUUUUGCAAAACAAGCUUCUUCAUCAGCACCUUGAAAUGCCUGUCAGUUACAGCUACGAAGUUUGCUAA